CCGAAAUGCCCAUGACUUCCUUCUCUUCCCCCGCUCCACUGCUAAACUGCUGACUUCCAUUCUGUUCCUCGUCAAGGCCGAAGCUUUGUUGCAUCCGUACUUCUAAGGUGAAGUAUGCUGUAAGUAUCACCAUGGAAUUGGCAGACAGGGCAGUAGGGUUUCUGUUAUCCUUGAUUAGCUUGUCUAUGUUCACUUAUUAUACAUUUUGGGUCAUCAUCCUGCCAUUUGUGGACAGUGAUCACUUUAUCCACAAGUAUUUUCUCCCUCAAGAAUUUGCUAUCCUUGUACCUGUAUUUGCUGGUGUGGCACUUUUAUGCUUCUUAUGUUUCUCUAUUGGAUUUGUGAUGCUUAAGUCAAAAAAGAAAAAAGCUUGAGGGAUAUUUGCAUUUCUUGAGUAUUUCAAUCUUAAUGUUAGUCUUGUAAUGGGUGAUGCUUGUUGUUCCAUUAAUUGGAUAUGACUGUAAAGUUGCAGUAGCAAGACAAAAAUUGAGAAUGAGUUUUCACUUUGUA